GGUAGCAUUUUAUAAUGUGGGUUUACAGGUAACCACAUAAAAAAGGGAAAAAAAAAGCGCCAAACAAAUAACUGAUGACUGGGAUCCGAUCCCUUUUUUGAUUUUGAUAUAGAUAAUAAUAUAAUAACAAUAAGAAAACAUAUCUGAAACAAAACGCCAUCAUUCAUUCGCUAUUACAUAUCACCCCUAAAUCACACUCUUAAUUCUGUAUCACCCCAAUUCCUUCUUCUUCUGGGUUAACUGAGAACUAAAAUCAUGGAACGACUCAAAAGUUCUGCACGUCUCAUGAUCGUCUCAGAUCUUGACCAUACUAUGGUUGAUCAUCAUGAUCCUGAGAACCUUUCCAUACUAAGGUUUAAUGCCUUGUGGGAAGCAAAAUACCGUCAUGAUUCCUUACUAGUGUUUUCAACUGGAAGAUCACCUACUCUGUACAAAGAGUUGAGGAAAGAAAAGCCCAUGCUGACACCCGAUAUCACUAUUAUGUCUGUUGGAACCGAGAUAACAUAUGGUAAUGAAAUGGUGCCAGAUGAAGGUUGGGUCGAUGUUUUGAAUCAUAAGUGGGACAAAAAGAUAGUCACUGAGGAAACAAGCAAGUUCCCUGAACUUACUCUUCAGUCUGAAUCUGAGCAACGCCCUCACAAAGUUAGCUUCCAUGUUAAAAAAGAAAAGGCUCAGGAAGUAAUGAAAAUUCUUUCUGAGAAUCUGGUCAAACGAGGGCUAGACGCCAAAAUAAUUUACAGUGGUGGGAUGGAUUUGGAUAUAUUGCCUCAAGGUGCUGGAAAAGGUCAAGCUCUUGCGUAUCUGCAUAAAAAGUUGAAGGCCGAGGGGAAGUUACCACAAAAUACUCUGGCAUGUGGAGAUUCUGGCAAUGAUGCUGAACUAUUCACCAUUCCAGACGUACACGGUGUCAUGGUCAAGAAUGCACAGGAAGAACUGUUGCAGUGGCAUGCUGAAAAUGCUAAAAGUAACCCGAAGAUUAUACAUGCAGAUGAAAGGUGUGCAGCUGGUAUCAUACAAGCAAUUGGUCAUUUUAAACUUGGCCCAAAUACAUCACCAAGAGAUCUUCCCGAUCUUUUAGAUGUUAAGUUGGAACAAUUUGACCCUGCAUACGAAGUAGUGAAGAUUUACUUGUUUCUGGAGAGGUGGCAACGCGCAGAAGUUGACGACCCGGAACGCUAUCUGGACAAUUUGAAAGCAGUUUGUUCUCCGUCUGGUGCAUAUGUCAAUGCAUUUGGUGUCGAGCAAUCUCUAUAUGAUUUCAUUGGUAAGCUAAAAGAAUGCUAUGGAGACCAAAAAGGGAAACAACAUCGAGUGUGGGUUGAUCAAGUUUUUCCUGCCCAGAUUGAUUCAAACACAUGGCUUGUGAAGUUCAAGAAGUGGGAGCAAACUGGUGAAGAGCAAAAGGGUUGCUUUACAACUGCUAUACUGAGUUCAAAGGAUGUGAAGCCAUCACAAGGGCUCACUUGGGUCCAUGUGCACCAGACAUGGAUGAACGGAUCAAUGAAAGGACAAAAUUUGGUUUCUCUAAUGUAAGACGCCUAGCCUGCGUUUGAGGUAUCUAAGAUGAUGUUACAUUAUCUUGUAUGGAAGAUAAAUGUAAGUAAGUCGAAACCUUUAUAGCAAUUUCUUUUUCCAAAAGCAUUCAAACUUUGUCCUAACAAAAGCUGAUUGGUCUACUGAACCUUUUGCCUUUUGGGGUUUAAUAUAUUUGUAUACAUGGAUUGAUAUAUUCAGAUCAAUAUACAGCAUAGUAUCUUGGGUGAGCUUAGUUAUGUAUAACCUUGCAAGAUUUACUUUCCUGUAGUAAUGACAUCGUUCCCAUUAAAAGCUUUGUUCAUUGUGUUUUGAGUUGAUUUA